UUACCCUUUCGACAAAAGAUGUCAUGAUCAAUACCGACACCAGGACCAUAAUAAUGUCAUUGCAUCAUUAUAUAUGUAUUUUAAUCUGCCACAUUUCCUGUACAAUACAUGUAUGUUGUUUCAGAGAACUCUAAGUUUGCUGGUAAGCGCUAUGCCAAGGACGGAGACACAGCUGUCAUCCUCAUCUUCGACGUGAAUGGCUACAUCGCUGGCCUACAGGCAGGGCGGGAAGCGGAUGGGGUAAUGGAAAAUGUUUUUUUCGGAAUGGGAGUGCACUAUUGGUACAACAUACAGAAGGACAUGAGCUGUGAUGACUUCUUCCCAAUGUUCCUGUUGUACAAUAAUAAUAAACUUGACGGUUUGGGCUGGGCUUUCGGCACAGACCUGCCUUCCCCCCGCUAUGAACAUCCCGACUCGUCGACUUUUGAGGAAUUUAUGGAUCCUGUUCCCGAAUGCCUCAGUUACCAGGGCCGUCUUUCCACGAUGCAUAUUUACAUGUCCAAUCCUUUACUGAACUUCUGCUGAGUGAGACCUCGCUUGUACUGGUGGUGUCGUCAUCAUGGACUGCCUGCUGACUGCAAACUGAAGUG